AUGGUCGCGGCUCACCGGGUACUGCGAUACUUGAAGAGUGCCCCGGGACAGGGUCUGUUCCUUCCUGCUGCUGGCUCCCUCGAUCUCACUGCAUAUAGCGAUGCAGACUCGGCCGGUUGUCAGUUCAGUCGACACUCCCCUACGGGCUACUACAUUAAGCUGGGCGGAGCCUCGGUCUCCUGGCUUGCCAAGAAGCAGCGUGUGGUUACCCGCUCUUUUGCGGAGACGGUGUAUCAUGCUAUGGCUAGCACAACCAGUGAAGUUCUUUGGCUUUGUUUCCUCCACCACGAGUUGCAGGUACCGCAACAUGCCCUGACUCCGCUUUACUGCGAUAAUUAG